UGAGUUCUGCUGGAUUGACAGAUGCCCAGGGAAGGUGAAGCAAGUUUCCUUCUACCCGUGGAUGUGUCGUCAAGCCAAUCGCGUGACCAGAGCCUGUUCAGGUGAAGGGAGAAGGCAAGGCAAAAAAAGGAGGACUCCGCGUGGUUUCAGAGGCACUUCUGGGGUUUGCUGAGUCCGGAGGUGUCUCCUUUCCUUUCCACGGCUAGCUCGAGCCACUGAAGAAGGGGGAACAACAACAACACGCUGCUUCAACCCAGAGAGGACUCUUCUCUCUCUCUCCUGGCAUGCUAGGGAUGUGAGCCUGUGUUUCCUUAGGGAGCGGGGACAUCCGGAUACUACUUCUAGUGGAUUGUUGCAAAGAGUACGGGGAUGGAGCGCCACUACCUGUGAGGUCCCCGCUGUGUGGGUUGUAGCUGCCAAAGGGACUCCAAGAUGAAGCCGUCCAUCUUCUUGUUCCUUGUGAGUUGCAGUGUAUUCAGCGCUGAUGUGAAGCUGGUGUCGAAGAGAAAUUCAGUGGAUGGUUGCAUCGACUGGUUAGUGGAUCUCAAGAAAUACAUGGCUUUGGCAGGUGAGCCCGUUCGAGUGAAAUGCGCCCUUUUCUACAGCUACAUCAGAACCAACUACAGCAUGGCUCAAAGCACAGGCCUUCGUCUUAUGUGGUACAAAAACAAAGGAGACUUGGAAGAACCCAUUAUCUUCUCUGAAGUCAGAAUGAGCAAAGACGAAGACUCCAUAUGGUUUCAUGCAGCAGAGGUUCAAGACAGUGGUUUCUACACCUGCGUGCUAAGAAAUUCAACGUAUUGCAUGAAGGUGUCGAUGUCCUUGACAGUUGCAGAAAAUGAAUCUGGGCUUUGCUACAACAGCACAAUUCGCUACUUAGAAAAAUCAGAAAUCACUAGAACAAAGAUAAUUUCCUGCCCAGAUAUUGAGGAUUAUAAAACAGGAAACCAAGAACCAGAUGUAAUAUGGUACAAGGAGUGUAAGCCAAAAAUGUGGAGAAAUCUAGUAGUUCAGAAAGAGAACACUCUACUAAUACAAGAUGUUCAGGAAGAAGAUGGUGGGAAUUAUACUUGUGAGCUAAAAUUUGAAGGAAAGCUGAUACGACGAACAACUGAGUUCAAAGUUACAGCCUUAGUCACUAAGAGGCCUCCUCAGCCUAUGUACCCUAUGGAGAACCAGACGAGCAUGAUAGAUGUCCAGCUGGGUCAACCACUAACAGUUGCCUGCAAAGCAUUUUUUGGGUUCAGCGGAGAGUCUGGUCCAAUGAUCUACUGGACACGAGGAGAGAGAUUUAUUGAAGAGCUCGAAAAUCACAUUAAAGAAGGGGAAAUCAGGCUUCUCAAAGAGCAUCUUGGAGAAAAAAUAGUGGAGUUGGCAUUAAUCUUUGACGUUGUGAAGGAGCCAGAUCUGGCCAAUUAUACAUGCCACGUAGAAAACAGAAAUGGACGGAAACGUGCAAGCAUCAUUCUGCGUAAAAGAGAUCUGAUAUCAAAAAUCGAACUUGCCGGAGGUUUGGGAGCCAUCCUUCUCGUGCUGGUUUUACUUAUAACGAUCUACAAAUGCUACAACAUAGAGCUGAUGCUAUGUUACAGACAGAUGUUUGGAGGUGAUGAAGCAAUGGAUGACAACAAGGAAUACGAUGCCUAUCUCUCUUACACAAAAGUGGAUCCAGACACACUGGACUGCGACAACAGUGAAGAGGAACAAUUCGCCCUUGAAAUCUUGCCAGAUGUUCUGGAGAAGCAUUAUGGUUACAAACUCUUCAUUCCGGACAGGGACCUGAUCCCUACUGGGACAUACCUUGACGAUCUCUCCAGAUGCAUAGAACAAAGCCGAAGACUCAUUAUCAUCCUAACUCCAGAUUACGUUCUCAGGAGAGGGUGGAGUAUUUUUGAGAUGGAAAACAGACUGCAUAACAUGCUUGUCAGUGGAGAUAUCAAAGUGAUUUUCAUUGAAUGCCCUGAAUUAAAAAGCAAAGUGAAUUACCAGGAAGUGGAAUCUUUAAAGCACACUAUUAAACUUUCCUCAGUCAUCAAGUGGAAUGGCCCAAAAAGCAACAAACUGAAUUCAAAGUUUUGGAAGACCUUGCUCUAUGAAAUGCCUGCAAAAAAAAAAGAGGUUUUAUCUCGGCGCCAGGUCCUAGAUUCUGCUGAACAGGGACUCUUUGGGGAUCUUCAGGCAGUGCCUUCCAUUGCUGUGACGGACACCUCUGCUUCCUUGGUUGCCUCUCAGGCCGACUUGACCGAUUACCAACAACCGGAUCCAGUGCAAACCAGACAUUACUGCAGAGGAUAUGAGUAUGACAUGCAGUCUGCAACCUUGCCGUUAGCCGCCAUAAGCAGUAAUCACCACACUUACUGUAACAUACCCCUGACGCUAUUCAAUGGACAGCUGCCUCUUAAUAGCAGCAUGAAAGAAACACAGGAAUUCCAUAGGAACAACCCCCUGCUACCAUUGUCAACAAGGGAGCUUAGCUUCACCAGCGAUAUAUGGUAGCAAAGAUAUAAGCAUUUUGAAACUGAUUUAUUGAGCAUCAGUGAGACAAAUUAUUAAAAGGACCUUGAACCCAUAUAACAUCAGGUGCCAAAAUAUUUUGCCAAGUCACAAGUAACACACUUUUUGUACUUGAACCUCUUUGUUUACAUUUCAAAAAUUAUUAGCAAGUGGUGGAGGAACCUACUUUUGUAGUUCACAAAUAAGUUCAUAUCUUUUAAUGUACAGUUUUAAUGCUUCUUUAUAUGAAAUAUAUAUAUAUAUGAGGGCAUUGGAGAGUAUUUUGAAGUAGAGUUUACAGCCUGACAAUGGAGUGACAUUUAAGGCUAUAUGUGAUAGUCUGUAUUUAUAUAUUAGUAAUUCAGAGAUAUAAAUGGAUUUUUUUUUAAUAGAAAGAGCAUAGGUAGGUAAGAACAACAACACAGUUUGAAAAUUUGAAACAUAACAAGCUACAAUGAAUUAUUGUAUUUUCAAAUCAUGCCUGGAGGACACAUUCCUGUAAAGGAAAUAUUUUAGGACAUCUUUCUUAUAAGAUAAUCACCAAUACGUUUUGGAAGGUGGUCCAGGUGAAUGAACAUUUGCAGGUGAUAGCCUCUAGUUUUCAUUCAGCAAAUCCUACGCUUGGAGAACACUUUGUCCACUUCACUUCCUCCAUCAUUUCAUCCUCAAGAUAUUUCUCGAUUCAACUGAGUGGAUGCCAUUGUGUUUUUCUUAAAGAAAUUAGGACAUUUAACAACAGUUUUGUUUCUGUAGGGUUUUCUUCUUUUAAACUUGUUUAAACUGGCUUUGCAGGUUUUUAAGAACUUUCUCCCUUUUGCAUUUUAUGUACCAAUGGUAUUGUCUUGUUAACCAGCUGCCGAUUGGAACAUUUCUUAGACUUCUUGACCUUGUAAAAUUUGUAUUAAUGGUAAUGUAAGUUUUGCACAGGAAUAUUAUUAUUCCCCCCUCCCUCUGUUUUCCAGAUUUAAAGGUGUAACAGCUUACAAAUUGACAUUUGACAGAGAAUGUCAGCAAUAGAAAGGAAAAAAUACAGCAAUACUCACAAACAAAAGUGCUGCAUUGUUCGGGUUACCAGUGGUAUAACUUCAGUCAUAUUGAUAAUCAUCUAAAACAGAAGGAGAAUUUGCAUCCCUUGGGUACAACCCUGUAAAAGAUUCGUUCUGAGCAAGUCCCAUUGCAUUGCUUUCAGUGGGCUACUUAGGAUCAGUGAUGGCUGGUGCCCAUUGUGAUUGUUGGGGUGGAAGAAAAGAAGAUGGAUAGCAGGUGAAACCAGAGCCAGUGACUGGCCACCUCCUGACUGGGUGCCUGUAAAAAGGCAGGCAGGCAGGCAGGUGCUAGCUGAGGGCCGGCAGGUUGGUGAGGCAAUGCCCCUUUUGCCCCAAUGGACCAGUUACCACUGGUUCUUUUUUUACAAGAGCAACGUGGUUGCUGUUCCAUUGUGGCUCCAUCCCAUGCCACUUCAAUAAUGUUAUGAGGAGUUUCAUCACAGGGGAAGGACCGACAAUGUGGCCGCAUCCUGCAACGGUAUCGCCUGUUCUCGGCAGUGUGCAGACUCAGAGUGUCCUCAUGCUAGGAACCCUGUGGCCUGUCCUUAGGAGUGGGUGGAGCUGAUAGUUUCAGUUUCUCUCAGCUUCAGAUUUUUCCAGUCAUAAGUUCAGUUCUCCACACUUUUACACGUUUCUUUUUUAAAUCUUCCUGAAAACCCAUCAGCUGCUUAGUGCAAUUUUGCAUUAAUAUACACAUUUUUGCAGAACACCCCGCCGCCGCUCCCACCGCCAAUAUGUAUGCUUCUCCUUUUUGUAUCUUAUUUCAUUAAUAUAUGUGUUUCUACCCACAUUUUAUCCUGGUAUGUGUGUUUUUGUACAAAUCAAAUCUUGGCUGGAAAACUGCAUUGCAAAACACAAGAGAAGUGCCCAUUUCAAAGGAUAGUAGUGUAUUAGGUUCACAUAUUGUUUCAGAAAGUGCGAAUUAGGUUGGUUCACCUGUAAAUACAAACUGAAUAAACUUUUGUCCCCCAUUCCUACCUGUCCCACGUGAUUUCUCCCACUCUCACAAGAUAGGCUCUAGAGGGCAGUGAUACUAAGUAUUCCAAGACUGGAUAACUUCCCCCAACACCACCUGGCUUUGCACUGAGCACUUAAGAAUCUCAGAGCUGGCAUGAGAGAAUUAUCCAUCUCUCUUCACUUCUGGUUAUCCGAGUUAACAUGUUGCCCAACCAAAGACUGCACACCUUUUUCUUUUUCUUUUAAUUUGGCCCUUGUAAACCACUAGUUUGUCCCUGUUUCCUGCCACUGUGGGAUGUCUUGUUCCAAUAAGCUCGUGUGAGUCACUAACAUGAUCACUCUUGAGGAUUUAGAAGUUCUCUAGAAGUUCAGCCUUUAAAUGAGUGCUUGUGGUGGGGGUACCCUGAUUCUAGCCUGCAUGCAAAGAAAUACAUAUGUAUUUCUAAUACAUACUAAGGCAUAGUUACCUCAGCAGAGUAUGUGCUGCAGCAGCGGAGGUAUGUUUUGAAUUGUUGAUAUAACAUAUUUAGUAUAGGAUGUUGGGUAGG